AGCCAUUAGCCACAAAGUUCGAACCUUUUAUCGAAUUUCACAUCCUUUUACUAAGUUAAAGUCAGAGUCUUUUUGUUAAGCUAUGGAUCGAAGAGAAGCAAUGGCGUUAUCCGGGUCGGGUUCUUACUAUAUCCAAAGAGGAAUACCCGGUUCAGGUCCUCCUGCUCCUCCUCAAACUCAACCUACGUUUCACGGAUCACAAGGAUUUCAUCAUUUCACCAGUUCCAACUCUCCUUUUGGGUCAAACCCAAAUCCAAGUCCUGGAGGUGGCUCUACUGGAUUCGUGCCUCCUCCUUUACCCGUUGAGUCUUCUCCGGCUGAUUCUUCAGCGGCGGCGGGAGCCACAGUGGUUGCUCCUCCUUCAGGUGACACGUCUCUGAAGCGGAAGAGAGGACGGCCUAGAAAAUAUGGACAAGAUGGUUCUGUUUCGUUGGCAUUGUCACCUUCUAUCUCCAACGUUUCCCCGAACUCUAACAAACGUGGCCGUGGAAGACCUCCUGGCUCCGGCAAGAAGCAACGGCUAUCCUCCAUUGGUGAAAUGAUGCCUUCAUCGUCUGGAAUGAGCUUCACACCGCACGUAAUCGUAGUUUCCAUUGGUGAAGACAUUGCGUCAAAGGUUAUAUCCUUUUCGCAUCAAGGUCCACGAGCGAUAUGUGUCUUAUCCGCAAGUGGAGCUGUCUCUACUGCAACUCUUCUUCAGCCAGCACCAUCUCAUGGAACUAUUACAUACGAGGGUCUAUUCGAGCUAAUAUCUCUCUCAACUUCUUAUCUGAACACAACUGACAAUGACUACCCAAACCGCACUGGAAGUCUAGCGGUCUCACUUGCUAGCUCCGAUGGUCGUGUCAUUGGUGGUGGAAUUGGAGGUCCUCUAAUAGCAGCAAGCCAAGUCCAGGUCAUCGUUGGGAGCUUCAUUUGGGCAAUUCCGAAAGGGAAGAUUAAAAAACGAGAAGAAACUUCUGAAGAUGUCCAAGAUACCGCUGCUUUGGACAACAACGACAACACAGCAGCAACGUCACCUCCUGUUCCUCAGCAAAGUCAGAACCUUGUUCAGACUCCUGUAGGCAUUUGGUCAACUGGUUCAAGGUCAAUGGAUAUGCAUCACCCCCAUAUGGACAUUGAUCUAAUGCGUGGAUGAUUCAUGUAUAUAGAAUCAUUGAAUCUAGGAGAAGAAGAAGAAGAAGAUAUUAAACUUGAGCUAACCUCCCUGAAACAAGAUAGUCUAUUGGUAAUGUUUAGGAAAGAAAAGACAAUUAGUAAG